AUGGGCCCUGAUAAUAUAAUAAUCUCAUGCAUUGACGAAUUUUUAGAUUCAUGGAAAUAUAAUUGGUGUUCUCUUCAUCAAAAACUUAUCGUAUUAGCAUGGUCAUCUUUGUUUUUAAAAUUAUGGACUGUUUAUCAAUAUCAAUAUAGGAAAGGUUUGUUCUUAACUUGGUUAAAAGAACGAAAAGAAAAAAUAAGGAAAAAAAAUGAAGUAGCUCCUUACAAUAUGAAUUCUAAAAAUGACGUAAUUAAUAACGAUGUAAAAGAAAUUAAAAUAGUUAUCACAG